AUGCUGAAAGGCAGAUCCGGAACUGCUAUUGAAGUAUUUAAUUCAAAGCUAAAAGGUUUGCUGUUUCGUCGAAGAAUGACAGUCAGUACAGAUUACCAGGCUGCCUACCAGGAGAGAGUUCGCAGACAACUGCAAAGUAACCAGGAGCAUUUAGAUUCACUAAGACAUCCAGGCUGUCAGGUAACUUUUGAUGUUGACGUUGCCGAGCCUCCAGCGCCAGAUCCUGAUUUGAAGGUAUUCUUCUUCGAUAUCGAUAAUUGCCUGUACAAGAGAUCUACACGUAUCCACGACCUCAUGCAGGAUUCUAUCCAUGAUUAUUUCAAAAGCCAGCUAAGUGUGGACGAUGAAGAAGCGUCUAGAUUGCGCAGCACUUAUUACAGGGAGUACGGGUUGGCAAUACGCGGUCUGGUGAUGUUCCAUGGCAUAAAUGCCAUGGAAUAUAACAUGAUGGUCGAUGAUGCUCUGCCCUUGCAGAAUAUUCUGAAGCCAGAUCUGGCCCUCAGGGAAAUGCUGCAAAGGCUAAGACAAAGUGGCAAGGUCGAUAAGCUGUGGCUUUUUACCAAUGCUUAUAAGAAUCAUGGAAUCCGGUGUGUUAGGUUGUUAGGCGUUGCGGAUUUGUUUGAUGGGAUCACGUAUUGUGAUUAUGCAAGGCACGAUUUGAUCUGCAAGCCAGACGUUCGAGCUUUCGAAAAGGCUAAAUUGCAGAGUGGGUUAGGGAGUUUUGAGAAUUCUUGGUUCGUUGAUGACAGUGGGAAUAACAUUAGUAGAGGUAUUGAAGUCGGAAUGAAAAAAUGUGUGCAUUUGGUGGAGGAAGAGGUGGACCACAUUUUGGGAAAGACGCCGGCUGGGUCGGUGGUCAUCAGAGACAUCACAGAACUGCCACAGGUCCUCCCAGAACUAUUUUCGAAAAAGUGA